CACCCAGUGUGGACACUUGCAUUCACGUUAAGAUUUUUGGGAAUGUGGAGGAAAAAGCGUGGGACGAAACAAAGCCACAAUGAGGUGGAGGAAAGAGGACACUGGGGCAGCAAGGUGGAAUUCCUCCUGGCUGUUGCUGGCAACAUAGUUGGCUUGGGCAACGUGUGGAGGUUUCCUUAUUUGUGCUACAAAAACGGCGGUGGUGCAUUCCUGGUGCCCUAUCUGGUGUUUGUGGUGACGUGUGGCGUACCGCUCUUCCUUUUGGAAACUGCCGUUGGCCAGUACACCCAAGAGGGUGGGAUCACAUGUUGGAGGAAGCUGUGUCCACUGGCUGAAGGUAUUGGAUAUGGAGGGCAGCUGAUCCUGCUCUACAGUUGCAUGACUUACAUCAUUAUUCUGUCCUGGGCUCUCUUCUACCUGCUGUUUUCCUUUAAGUCCCAACUGCCCUGGAGCACAUGUGACAACUACUGGAACACAGUGGAUUGUGUAGACUUCACAACAAGAAAUCACACACUGGAGGGCAGCAACCACACCAAAGGAACUUCAGCAGCAACAGAAUUCUGGGAACAUAGGGUGUUGAACAUCUCAGGGGGCAUUGAGGAAAUCGGCAGCAUUAGGUGGGAGGUGCUGCUGUGCCUCAUCGCCAUGUGGAUCAUAUGUUACUUCUGCAUCUGGAAAGGGGUUAAAUCUACCGGAAAGGUGGUGUAUUUCACCGCCACCUUCCCUUACAUUAUGCUGCUUAUCCUGUUGAUCCGUGGACUCACUCUUCCCGGGGCCAGACAAGGAGUGGUGUUCUAUCUUCUUCCAGAACUGUCACGACUCACAGACCCUCAGGUGUGGAUGGAAGCUGGCGCCCAGAUCUUCUUCUCAUACAGCAUUGGUGUGGGCACGCUCACUGUACUGGGCAGCUAUAACCCUUACAGCAACAACUGCUAUAAAGACUGUUUGUGGCUGUGUUUACUAAACAGUGGUACCAGUGUGGUGGCUGGUUUUGCAGUCUUCUCUGUGCUGGGGUUCAUGGCCCAUGAGCAGGGAGUUCCCAUUGCAGAAGUAGCUGAGUCUGGUCCAGGCUUGGCAUUCAUCGCUUAUCCUCAGGCGGUGGCCAUGAUGCCGUUACCUCAACUGUGGUCCAUCUGCUUCUUCUUCAUGAUCAUUCUCCUGGGCUUGGACACGCAAUUUGUUGCCAUGGAGGUAGUGAUCACGUCCGUGGUGGACAUGUUUCCCGCAGUGAUGCGCCAGGCGGGCAGACGGGAACGUUUCCUUCUCCUCUUUUGCCUCACGUGUUUCUUCUCCCAGCUCAUCAUGAUCACUGAUGGAGGAAUGUACAUCUUUCAGGUGUUUGACUAUUACGCCUGCAAUGGAGCCUGCAUCCUCUUUCUCUGUGUGUUUGAAACCUUGGCAAUAGGCUGGAUAUUUGGAGCAGAACGGCUAUUUGCCAUCAUCGCGGAUAUGACGGGCGAACGUGCUAAUCCUUUCUUCAGAAUCUGCUGGCUCUACCUCACACCCAUCGUUUCACUGGGGUCCUUUCUAUGUUCACUUAUUGAGUAUCAGCCCUUGACCUUUAAUCGCUGGUAUGUGUAUCCUACCUGGGCCUACGUAAUGGGCUGGAUCCUGGCCCUCUCCUCCAUCCUGCUGGUGCCAGGCUGGGCACUGUACAAGCUAAGCACUGCCACUGGAACCCUUAGUCAGCGUCUCCAUAAACUGUGCCGGCCCAAGCAGCCUGACCACUCGCUGACCAGAAAGGAAGAGACGGCACUGCAACCCAUCACUCGGGAGGAUCUCAUAUGAGUAACAGAAAAACACAAGGGAGACAAGCACUGGACAUCAGUCUAUUGUUUAUAUUAUCUAUACAUGCCACCAAUGUAAAGUUCAUUAUCUUACCCAUAGCUGACAUAUGUGCUAAGGAAGUCAUUUAAAUUUUCGAUGAACAUGUGAGUUAGUCUAUUCCAAUUUAAUCCUUGGAAAAAAGAAGUUCAUGAACAAUUAGGUUAUUUGCAAUUUUACAUUGGAUGUAUGACGAACAAAAUGUGAAAUAAAACUAUCGC